GCCUCUCCGCGGCUCUUCUUCGAGCACCGGACGGGGAGCCUCCAUGGAGGCGCCUUCGGUCCUGCGCCGGGAGUUCCGCAGGACUCGUCCGGUCGUGGCGUCCCUCCUGGUGAUGCUGCCGCCCUAGAAGGGACCCUUGGGAGCCCAGGAUGGAACGGGCUAAGAUGCUGUCGGGGGCGUCCCCGCUGCUGCUGCUGCGCUGUUGGCUGGCGGCGACCUUCCUGUGCGCCCCGAUCCGCGGCUGCCCGGAGCCCUGCGCCUGCGUGGACAAGUACGCCCAGCAGUUCGCCGACUGCGCCUACAAGAACCUGGAGGCGGUGCCGUCAGGGCUGCCGUCGAACGUGACCACCCUGAGUCUGUCGGCCAACAAGAUCGCUGAGCUGCGCAGGGGCUCCUUUGUGGAGGUGACGCAGGUGACCUCCCUGUGGCUGGCGCACAACCGGAUCGGGGCCAUUGAGGAGGGCACCCUGGCUAUCCUGGUGCAGCUGAAGAACCUGGACGUCAGCCACAACCAGAUCGCCGACUUCCCCUGGGGAGACCUGCGCAACCUCAGCGCCCUCCAGCUCCUCAAGAUGAACAACAACCGGAUGUCCCACCUGCCGGGAGAGGCGUUCCGUACCCUGCGGGACCUGCGCUCCCUCCGCAUCAACAACAACCGCUUCUCCGAGGUGGCCGAGGGGACCUUCGAGGCGCUCACCUCCUUGUCCCACCUGCAGAUCUACAACAACCCCUUCAACUGCACCUGCCAGCUCAUGUGGCUCAAGAACUGGACCGAGAACACCUUGAUCUCCAUCCCAGACCGCAACGCCAUCACCUGCGCCGCCCCGGAGCCCUGGAAGGGGCUCCCUUUGGCCAAAGUGCCCUACCUGCACUGCGCGCCCCCUAACGUCCGCUUGAGCUACCACCCCAACCUGGACCGCACCCGGCUCUCCUACGGCUUGGCUCUGGCCUUGCACUGCCACGCCCUGGGCCUCCCGGAGCCCGAGAUCACCUGGAGGAUCCAGGCCGCCGGCGAGACACUGGAGAUCAAGGCGCCGGCGGCGGCGGAAGGAGAAGGCAACGCCCUGCCCUCCGACGGCUGGUCCAGAGGAGACCGGGAGAGGUUCCAGGCCUUCGGCAACGGCACGCUGCUCAUCCCGCACCUCAGCAAGAAGGAGGAAGGCACCUACACCUGCCUGGCUGCCAACGAGAUGGGCAGCAACCAGAGCUCGGUCCAUGUCGCCGUGGCGGACGCCCCCGCGAAGGACUCCGCGGGCUCGCUGGGGGACCGCAAGGCCCAGCCCGGGGAUCGGAAGCCCGAGGGCAAGGUCUCCAAGAACAGCGUCAUGAAAGCCGAGGAGAGGACCAAACUCCUUCCGGAGAGACCCACGCCCAGGAGCUACCACGCGCCCGGGCCCCUGAACGCCAGCGGGCCGUCGGGGCCGCCAGUCUUGGCGAAGCAGUGCGGCUCCAGCGAGGCCCCCCAGUACGUCUCCAACCACGCCUUCAACCGCAGCGGAGCCCUCAAGCCCCACAGUUUCGACCUGGGGGUCAUCGCGCUGGACGUCUCGGAGAGGGAAGCCAAGGUCCAGAUCACCCCUUUCUACGUCCAGCCAGAGAAGGUCCACCUGAGGAGGCUCUACCUGUGCGAGGCGGGCCGGAGGGGCCACUCCCUGGCGCAGUGGUCCCAGAUCGAGGAAGGGGUGAAUUCCUACUGGUUCCAAGGCCUCAGUCCCGGCACCAACUACUCCGUCUGCAUGGGUUACGUCGGGGAGGACUGCCAGGUCCAGGUGGUCUUCACCACCAAGCGAGAGGUGCCCUCGCUCGUCAUCAUCGUGGUGGUGAGCGUCUUCCUUCUGGGCCUGGCCACCAUCCCUCUGCUGGGCGCCACAUGCUGCCACCUGCUCUCCAAGUACCAGGGCAAGACCUACAAGCUCAUCAUGAAGGCCCAGAACCCGGACCAGAUGGAGAAGCACAUGGCUGCGGACUUCGACCCGCGGGCCUCCUACCUGGAAUCCGAGAAGAAUUACGACCCCAGUGAGGUGGGGGAAGGGGAAGGCGAGGAGGAAGAGGAGGAGGAGGAGGCGGGGGCGGAGGGGGUGGUGGAGGGGCGGAGGGGGCUGCCUGGGGGACGGCAGCUGGAGAGAGAAGAGAGCCUGGCCGCCAGCUCCAUCCCGGAGUCCCAAUCCAAAACAAACCCGGAGGAAUUCGAGGUGGGCUCCGAAUACAGUGACCGGCUCCCGCUCGGAGCCGAGGCUGUGACGAUCUCCCAGGAGAUCAACGGCAACUACAGGCAACCGCCCCGUUGAGGCUUCCCUCGGGCGGUUCCCGGAGCUCCGGGCGCGCAGAAACCGAAGGGAAGCGCCCUUCUUCACUGGGGCUCGGGCACCGCUUGCCUGAUCGGCUGCGACCUUCUCUGGAAAGGCGCUCCUGCCACGGGGAAGGGACGUCUCCCCAACACCGAGAGCGUCCAGCAGCCGGCACCUAAGGCUGGCUUUGUUCAGGGGCUGUUUUUAGGAGGGAUCCCCCCCGAUUUAUAGAGAUGUCCCAAAUAUUCGGGCAAAAUAAUGGAUUGGGUAUGGGUAACACAGCCUGGAGAAAUUCACACACCCCCUUUCUUGAAAACCCUCUACUGCAUAUGCUCCAAACAAAAAUGGUUACGUUUUCCACCCCACCCCAUCACCUGUCUUCUGAAACGCACCCCCUUUCCCACGCACUCCCUCCGCAUUUUCGUGGAUUUGAUAGGCUCGAAACUUAAUUGGUUAGGAUCCGCUCCCACACACCAAUAUUCUGAAAUACGCACCCCACUUUUCCCACGCGCCUCCGCGUUUUUGCAGAUGCAACUUCUUUUCUAAAAUUGAAAUUUACAAUUGGUUAUGGUUUGCUUUUUUGUUUUUUUGUUUAAAAGGAAAUUAAAGAAAACACGACGACGACAACGCAUUAAAAAGUCGUUGGCCCUAGUCUGGGAGCGAGGGGCUCCCUUGGCGUUUCAGGAAAGGGUGUCAAUUUCAGUUCAGGAGGUUAAUGGUGCUGGACAGCUCCCGAAUCCCCACCCUCGAAUUGCCUUCCCCUCUCCAACCCGUUAACCCCCGUGUGAAGGAGCUUGCGGUCAAGGAGGUCUGUGAAAUGAGGACCCGUGCCAGGCAGCAGCCCAGAUCCCUAGCUUUUCUCAUCGGCUGGUCAGGAUCACCCGUGUUAAAUAAAUGGAGCCGUGCUGUAGAUAAAUGUGUGUUAUGUCUGUGCGUGACUUUGGACCGCUGGUGGACGCCUGGAGUUUGAGUCCUAAGGGCUCCCAGCUCCUGGUCUGGAUACUGACCCCCUUCCCCCCCUUCUUGCAGCCCUGUCUGAGUCAUGUCACCUUCACGAAGAUCCGUAUUUGCUAAAUGUUUAUUGGGUAGAGUAGUCUUGCUUCUAGAGAAACGUGCUUGCCCCUUGAUGUGGGUCUGUGAUGUUCAAAGGCAAAAACGACGGGAGGUCCCGGUGGGUUGAUUUUUUUUUUUGCUGUGUUGAGAGUGGAAACAAUUUAAAUAUCGUUUGCAAAGGGUGCGGUCGUGCUUGGCUUGGAAUGACCAUGGUGGUUUUUGCCUCUGUUAAAGUAGGGAGAGAGAGAGAGAUAUGCAACCCAAU